CUGGCGCAGAAUGUUCUGCUGCGAACCUCGAACGCGAACGAGCAUCGUCGCUCCUUUUUUGUUUGUUUGUUUAUUGUUGUGAUUCGGAAUUCAACCACACAGCCAGCACUUAGGACGCGCCACUGCAGGGGAAAAGAAGCCAGAUCUCGCCUCACCCUGGGGGAUUUAUUUCCAAAUAGAUGUGGCCAGAUUUGAUCGCUGCUCAAGAGAUCCGAUUGACGAUCAGGUGCGCCGUAAAACGGGAAGAAAAGAGGUAAAGGAAGAAAAAAAUAAAGGACUCCGGUGACCACACAGAUGUGCCGACGCGAAUAUGAGCGUCCACGUCUGCUUCCACAUCUCUGAGGGAGAACAUCCUGCAACGCGCCUCCUCCGAGAAAGCUGGACUCGGCUUCAUUUUGCGAAUUAAUUAUUACGAUUGUCAUUGAAAACCCAAUCGCUGAAGGCUGUUUUUGUCUCCGGGGGAGGAUGCUCUUUGCCCUGCACGUGACUGUCAUGUCGUCAGCGUUUUUCAAUCCCAGUUUUGCCUUCAGCUCCCACUUUGACACAGACGGGGCGCCGCUGAGCGAGCUGUCGUGGCCGUCGUCGCUGGCCGUGGUGGUGGUCUCCUUCUCCGGCCUGUUCGCCUUCGUCGUCCUCAUGCUGGCCUGCCUGUGCUGCAAGAAGGGCGACAUCGGCUUCAAGGAGUUUGACAACGCCGAGGGCGAGGAGUACCAGGCGGACCUCUCGCCUUCGUCCCACAAUGGGCCCGAGGUGUACAUCUUGCCCCUCACUGAGGUCUCGCUGCCCGUCUCCAAGCAGCCCGGCAGAUCCAUCCAGCUUCUGAAAUCAUCAGACCUCGGCCGCCAUAGUUUACUCUAUCUCAAGGAGAUUGGCCACGGCUGGUUUGGCAAGGUGCUGCUGGGUGAAGUCAGCGUGGGUCUCAGCACCACCCAGGUGGUGGUGAAGGAGCUGAAGGCCAGCGCAAGUGUCCAGGACCAGAUGCAGUUCCUGGAAGAGAUCCAGCCAUAUCGGACCUUGCAGCACCCCGCCCUCUUGCAAUGCUUGGCCCAGUGCUCGGAGGUCACUCCUUAUCUGCUGGUCAUGGAGUUUUGCCCUCUGGGCGACCUGAAAAGCUAUCUCCGCCGUUGCCGACUGUCAGACUCGGAAACCCCCGAGCCGCUCAUCCUCCAGCGAAUGGCGUGCGACGUCGCUUCAGGACUUUUACACCUCCACAAGAAUAACUUCAUACACAGUGACCUAGCCCUGCGGAACUGCCUGCUCACAUCAGAAAUGUCAGUGAAAAUCGGCGACUAUGGCCUUUCUCACAGUCUGUUUAAGGAGGACUAUUAUUUCACACAAGACCAGAUACGGGUGCCCCUACGCUGGAUCGCACCCGAGCUCAUAGACGAAGUCCAUGGGAACCUGCUGGUUGUUGACCAGACCAAAGCAAGUAACAUAUGGUCGUUGGGCGUGACUGUGUGGGAGCUGCUUGAGCUCGGAGAGCAGCCAUACAGACAGUACACUGACAGACAGGUGCUGACGUACGGCGUGCGAGAACAGCAGCUCAAACUUCCAAAACCACAGCUCCAGUUCCCCAUCGCCGAGCGCUGGCAUGAGGUAAUGCAGUUUUGCUGGUUGCAGCCAGAGCUGAGACCGAGCAGCGAGGAAGUUCACCUCCUGCUCACAUACUUGUGUGCCAAAGGCUCCAGCGAAGCCGAUGAGGAUUUCGAAGAACGCUGGAAUGCCUUGAGACCGAAUUUGCUCGGCAGCCCCUCCCACACAGCUGCGCCCGCACCCCUUGUCCUCACCCCGCCGCUGGCCGAGGCCCACGGCCUGGGCCACAUCCAGGCAGGGGAGCCGGCCUCGUCUGCCUCGUCCUCCUUCCCCCUGCUGGAGAGCUUCUCCGACAGCUUUCACUCAGACGCGGGGGACGACUUGCUGACCGUCACGGAGACAAGCCACGGUCUCAACUUUGAGUACAAGUGGGAGCAAGCCCGAGCUGAGCAGCCCUACUGCUCGUUAUCUACCAGCGGCCCUCUUGGCCAAGUGAACCCACACUACCAAGAUAUGUACUAUUCAAGCAAUGCAAGCACCUCCGGUGGCUGUAGGACUGAGACAUCCCCAUCCUACUAUGAGCCUGAGCAUCCAGGAGUAGUCCCUGUGUUGAGCGCCCACAGCCCUUCUGUCAGCAGCGACUAUUAUAUCCGCAUCGAAGACACAGAGUCUCACAUUAACUCGGACGACAAUGUCGUAGACUUAAGUCCUGUGCUGAAGGCUGGCAAUUCUGGGUUGUCUCCUGAAAGUCAGACUGGUUCACCUUUAGCACAACUGAAUGCUUACUGGUCAUCUGUAGACAGCGCCAAAUCAACAGUCUAUGAUUCCGAUUCAAGCCCAACUUUGCAGCUAACCAUGGAGCCGCUGCUUAGCCCUGUGAUGUUAAACCAGUCCAACGCUAACACCUUAUCCUUUCGAGCAGACACUGACUACUGUGAAUCCAUGCGCCUUGCCAGUUUGUCUGACCCAGAGCACUCCAACGUUGGUCAUCCGGUGGCAUCGUCAGAAAAUAAGCCUAGUCUGAAACAAGCAACCAGCAGCCCAAGCUUAGGGUUGUGUGACCCCUACCUUGAAGCCGAAGGCGGCAGCGGCAUGCUUCAUGAAAGCUGCCGUACCACAACGGGAUCCCUUCGGAAGACACUACCCAUCGUUGGCACAGGACUUAGUGUAGAUGUUGAAACGGGUGCCGGCCUGCUGGUAGGCUGUCAGAGGCGUGGGGAUUGCGACGAUGCCGCUUUCUCUGAGGAAGAAGUCACAAACUGGACCUCCAACCAUUCUGCCAACAAUAAUAUCCCAAACUUUGGCAACAAGAAUAGAGACAGGAUGGAGAAUUAUCUUGAGCUUCAGUAUAAUGUGCACUGUAAAAUGACAGAAGUGUGGUCUUUGACCAAAGACACAACCAAAACCUUCUGCAGUUCCAGGACCAAUAAAGAGGAGGGAGAACAACAGGAAUCUGCUCGUAAUGCUGCCAGCAAACGAAAACAACUAGGGUCAUACAUUCACUCGAGUUACCAAGACAGUGCAGGGGAAAACAACUUGGCCAAUUUCCAAAGUCCUAAUUGUCUUGCGAGUGAGAGUGACCGAGAAAAUGACAAGAAACUGUUACUGAAAGGAGAGAGACUGCAUUCUAAGCCCAAGAUAAUACCAACAGGUGUCUCUGCUCUCAGUGACAUAAGGCUAACUUAUCCACACUUGGACGGUAGCAGAAAGUUGACGAGUGGAUUUGGGAUUAGAGACUCCAGUGCUACCCUGGUGGAGCUCGGAGACUACAGUGAGGAAGAUGACGACUUUACAGAUAUCACGUCAAGCAUCUUUACAGACUUCAACCUCGACUACGCGGACGUGCAGGACGGAGAGCUAAGUCCGCUGAAGAACCCAGAGGGAACUCGCGACUCUGUAGAUACCAUUAACCUUUCAUCAUCCGUGGCAAGCACCUGUGACCAAGCCUUCAGCCCAGACUCCUUCAAUACUCCUGCCCAGCCCAAAUCCCUGGAUAGUGGCUACGGCACAGAAAACAAUGGAUCUCCAGAGUUUAUGUUUAAAGAGCUUGUAGGCCCCCGAACAGCUGCGACUGGACUUGUUCUGCAAGUGGGUGUGCGUCAAAAUCUCACUUGCGCCUCAGAGGUCCGCUUAAAGGACACGACUGAUAAAAACCCAUUCCGGGACUCUGCUUAUUUCUCUGACUACGAUACUGAAAACGACAAAAGCCCUUGGGAGGAAGGCGGUAAAUUCUUUGCAAGUCCAAGUAAACAUGAGUUGUAUGCCGGACAAAUGAGCUCUUCCAGAGAUCCAAUCACAAGAGAGUUUAUUAGCGUGGGCUUAAAUCAAAGACAAAGUUGCUUCUUGACAAGACCCUCAGAGCCAAACUCUUCCCAUCCUCUUUCCACACCUGGGCUGUCCAUGUUGUCACCAUUUCCUGUUCAGAUGGGUGGAUGCCUGACCAAAGAGGCAGCCCCUGACUGUGACGACCUGGAGUUGGAGUCAGAGCACCAAGAGGAGCCCUGCUCAGAGCUUAGCUCAUCUGCUGACUCGGAACUCUCCUCCGCCGUCCAGGAGGCCUCAACAAACUACCAGGACGGAAGCAACAGAUCUGAAGACUGUUGCCACGUACAGAUUUUGUGCACAGACUCCACUGUGUCUGAUUACAAAGAUGAUGAACCCAAAGAGAACGAAAACACAGAUCAAUCCACAGAGGAGGAAGAGCUCCCAGAAUGCAAUCACGUGGAAGCGCCGCCGGACAGAGGGGACACAGUCGGGAUAAACGAGGAAGACUUUGAGGACAUUGACGCCGAGGAAUGCGACUCACAGGACGGCUCGUACGAAGCGUCUAACGGCGCCGCUGACAUGGCGUCCGCCUCGUCGCUGUUGGAGCUGUGCGGAGAAGCUGUGAGAGCCCCACUGGAGGAGGCAGAGGACGAGGACGACUCCGACGACAGCGAGUCGGACGAAGACUUGCGGACGUACAGCAUUCCGGAGGAAGACAGCGAGGGGAGCGAUGAGGACUUGACCGCAGUGCCGGUGGUGGUAAGCGACGGUAGCAGGGCGAGGCAUCUCCGCAGCCUCCUAAAGAUGCCGACGCUCCUCACUCAGUCAUUCUGCGAGGAGCUAGAGAGGAAGAAAAAGGCGGUGUCCUUCUUUGAUGACGUCACAGUUUUCCUCUUUGACCAGGAGAGCCCAACUGGAGAACUGGUCGACUACAGCUUCUCCACUGAAGAGGGGCCCGGCGGGAAGGGGACACUGGACGAAACCACCUCCGACCCAGAUGAAAACACCUCCAACGCGGAUGAAACACCUUCCAAGCCGGAUGUGUCGACAUCUGAAAACCCCUGCAAACUUGAAGCCUGUGAGACAGAGUGCAAUGCUGAGGAAACAGACGGUGACAGUGCAGAGCAAGGUUUUGAGUGGGAGGAUGAUCUUGCAUUUGAGCAGCGCCGAACUUUACCUGACAACACGGCCGAACCCGUUUCCCCUUCGAGCAGUCCCGAGGUGCCAAAGUCGGCGUCCACGGCACUAAACCGAUUCAUGGUCUCCAGAUUCUCCAUCACGCACGUGUCAGACACGAUUGAAGCAACGGGGAAUGCCGAAGAUUGUCCGAAAGACUGACAGGCCAUCGGUGGACCGUUGCUUCAUUUCUUCUCUCCCCAACACCACAAAAGAAAAGAAAACAUUACUAGCGAUGCGAUGUUUUACAGAGUUUUAUUUUUAAUGGUCAUUUUAAGUCGUCCGACUGGUGGCGGAGCCUUUCUGAGACGGCGCCUCGUAUCGUAGUGAAAGCCCUCGUGGUGAUUUGCACACUUUUUAAUUUGCAGAUUUGCUGCUGAUGACAUCACUAAGAACAGACAGUCUUACCCCCCCCCCCCCCCCCAAGUUAACGCCACACAUGCUAUAUUAAGUCAAUGUUCACAUCGAAUAUCAUUAAGUAUACAACAGUUAAGAUCAAAAUGAGCUUUUUUUUUUUUUUUUCA